GCACCAGACUACAUGGCAUAACAAUCCAGGACACAGCCAUCUUCAUACUUACUGUUGUGAGAACCUGAAAUCUUUAAUGGAGACAGUAUAUUUCUCUGAAACGUUAGUAUCUUUGCAAAGGUUCAAAUUCAUUACAACAGAGAAGAUUUACGCUGACAUCUUCACCAUUGUGAGAAUCUGAAAUCUUACAAGAAUUCCAGCCAAAAUUUGUAUUAAGUCCCUCUUGAAUGCAAGCCCAGUGCUCUAUCAUUGAGCAAUAAAUGCAUAGAAAAUAUAUUUUAGAAAGUAUUGAUACAUAUAACAGACAUAGAUGGAUAUUUAAAAUAUAAACACAAAAUAGAAAACAUUUUAAGUAGAAAUUUAGAGAAUUUUACUAUAUGUGUGUGGCAUUAGGUUAUUCUUAAUGUCAUUGUAUCAUUAUAAGAUAUUUUAAAGGUGUAUCAUUAGAAGUUAUUUUAAAGACGACACAUUCACUCAUACUUGCAAUGUUUAGGUUUUUUCCAUUAUGCUGUGUAGCAUGCACCCAUACUUUCUGGUAUUGCUUGUUUCUAUUUGCAUUCUUAAUAUUAUUUUGAUAUGGAGUAAGUGAACAUGAUUCAUAUUGAAAUUAUCUGUUCCAGCCUGGAGGUUCUCCAUACCAUACAAUCCAUCAAGUUGAUUUGAGUCUCGAGGGCUGGAACUACCCUAUGCUCAAACAGAAUCGCUCCAAUUCAUGGUCUGAUUCAUUAGAUGAUUUCAAAUUUAUAUCAACAAUUGUUGAACAUGCAGAAGUAUAUGAUUCAGAGAGUGAGAAAAGUGUAAAGAUACUUGAAGAAAAAAAUUCACACUUAUAUGAUACAUACAAGAAAGCAUAUUCAGAAAUUCUUCACAGGUGGAACCUUUUGGAUGCACGUGCACAGGUACUGAAGUACAUGACAACACCCCCAGAAAUACACAGGGGUGUGGAGUUUUAUUCAGAGUGUCAGUAUUGCAACAGUAAAGUCAGAGGGGCAGGCUGUUUGGUCUGCAAGAGACUUAUUUUUCAGUGCUCCAUCUGCAACCUCUCAGUUCGAGGUCUGUCCAAAUUCUGCAUGGUGUGUGGUCAUGGAGGACAUUCAGAUCACAUGAUUUCAUGGUUUGAGACUGAGUCAGAGUGUCCAACAGGCUGUGGCUGUAGUUGUACGGUAGAGAUGGCUAGUAUGCUGGAAUCAUAAGGAUGUGUACGUUCCUUUCUUGGAAAGUGAAAUCCACUGAGAAUUUGUAGAUGUGAAUUUCGGUUGGAUCGUCUACUGUUUGAACAGGCUAUCACGUGUCUGACGGAAGUGUGAAGACAGUGAUGAAUCCUUAACUAAACUAGAACCUGGUGCAGUAAUGCAGUUUUUGUGCCUGGAAGGUGCAUGUUCAUUUUUAAUGAUUAGACACCUUUCUUUACAUACGUAUAAAAAUGGAAAGUAAAUUGUUCUUAUUUGCAUGUCUUUGGUGUUUAGUGCUCACACAUUAGUUUCCAUUCAGUUAUAGUAAGUAAGGUUGUACAGUGUACAAGCAAAUUUUGUGCUCAUACAGGGUUAAUUCAUAGCUAAAGUAACUGAUAUGAACAAUGGCAGCUGAUUUUUGGACACUUGUGCACAUGUACUGUCACAUGUUGUCAUGAGCCAAUCAGCUUCAGAGACUUGGUAUAAAAAGUAUUCAGCUACUUCAAGUGUGAAGCAGAUGUCAUAUGUAUCUCUCUCUCCCUCCAUGCCACCUACCUUCGUCUGUGUUGAUCACUUUAUGUGUGGUAUUGAAUAUUAUACCCACUAUGUUAUAGGCCUGUUAAAAUACAAUGUUGUUUUAUAUUUUAAUACCAAAUUAUAUAAAAAUAUGAUUUGAUGUUCAUGGUAAAAAAAGUAGUAUUUUAGUUAUAGAUGCGGUGUAUUUAGUAAGUAUGGCAUUGAAGUACUUUCCUGCUUUGUUUAGAACAGAAUGGGAGGUUACAUAAGUACCUAUAUAGUAUAUUUAAUAAAUAUAACAUUUAGAAUAAUAGUCUGGAUUAAUCAAAGAACUCUUUAUACCAUUGAUUAUUGUUAAUUCUUGCGUUAUGUACAUGAAAUGAACAUGUGUGUGGUUAACCGUGUUUGUUAUGUCUGCGAGAUUCAACUUGAGAAUCACUAGACAGAUUCUGAUGAAAUUUUGUAUGGAAAUUAUGCCAUUGGGGCCUACCCUAAACUUAUACUUCUUAGUUUCCUACAGUCAAUAAUAUCAACAGUGUGAAUGGUUGAAUGAAUGUUUGAGGUAUGAUUGGCACUCUUGCCACAUAAGGGUCGUGUAAUAGGUAUGGUAAUAGAUCUUUGAAAAAAUAAGUAACUUUGGUACAGUAAUUCUUUUCGCAUUGUAAAACAACGUGGUGGUAGCAUGAAGAAAUAAAAAGAAUUUUGACAAACAGGAUUUGAUCCAGUGACUAUCUUCAUGCAAGUCCAGUACACUACCACAGAAGUAAGUCACAUUGGGUUUUAUAGUUAUGGAUUUACAUUACAUAAGGAAUACAUUAUGAUUUCAUGGUAUUUAAAGUUAAAAAAAGUUGUUUAAUUAAGAUGAUCAAGUGUAAGUAAGGCAUUUUCUUAUGUAGGUACAUUUUCUUUAAAAUUAAUAGGUUCAGACACAUUUUAACUUAUUAUAGGCCAUAUAUUGCAUUAUUAGUUUGUAGUACUUAUAGAAACAAAGUAAAGGUCCUGCAAUUUAAACAUGCUGUUCUCUGAACAAUCAGUUUUUGAUAAACAAAUUAAUCAGUAGAGAAGAAAGAAAGCAAUGUUCAAAAUAAAUACUCACAUUUUAGUGAUGAUGUAGAAAGUAAGUAAAUUGGUUUGCAGUUUGCUCCUCUUUCAUCUUUAUUGCUGUCUUUUUUUUAAUAAUAAGAUAAAUACAUAAUAGUUAAUAAUUAAAUUUUACACUGGAAACAUACAAUUACAUUUUUACACUGUACAGUCUAUUGCUACACUUAUGUGGAUAAUACUUAAGGUAAUGCUUGUGCAGUAUAUGUAUGUUAUGGUACAUUUCUUGUCAGUUAGGGGCAUUCAGUAUGUGAAGGUACAAAGAACAUGUGGAAACUCUGUUUUCUCGUACAGAUUACACCUUUCCCGUCUUGUUAAUUCUGGUGCUUGACUUUACACCACUAAUUUUAGAACCACAAAAAUAUUGGAGCUAAAUACCCUUGCUAAUAUUUUUGCGUUCUUGAUUAAAUUUUUUAAAUCCUUUAUUGCACAUCCACCAUGUUUGAACAUUCUGUCUGGUACCUAAACUAUUAUCUAGCUUCUGACUUCAUGUUUAUUAUUAUUUUUUAUAUUUAAUUUAUACAUUGCAUGAUAAAGUAUUCUGAAAUGAAUAUAUUGUGAUUAUUAAUCAUUAGUCAGUGUGUUUAAAGGAAAUAAUCACAAUAUAUUAUUUAGGGAACACACUGGAAUGUUUUAUUUUAAGACUGCUGCUAUAAGCUGGUUAAGUGGCUGAAGCCUUGUUUUAGAAUAGCUGUACUUGUUUGAUGAAGACAGAGUAGAGAGUCUU